UGGCCGCGUCCGGUCCCGCCAUGGACCACCAGGAGCCCUACUCCGUGCAGGCCACUGCGGCCAUCGCCGCGGUCAUCACCUUCCUCAUCCUCUUCACCAUCUUCGGCAACGCGCUGGUCAUCUUGGCUGUGCUGACCAGCCGCUCGCUGCGAGCCCCGCAGAACCUGUUCCUAGUGUCGCUGGCCGCCGCCGACAUCCUGGUGGCCACGCUCAUCAUCCCUUUCUCGCUGGCCAACGAGCUGCUGGGCUACUGGUACUUCUGGCGCACCUGGUGCGAGGUGUACCUGGCGCUUGACGUGCUCUUCUGCACCUCCUCCAUCGUACACCUGUGUGCCAUUAGCCUGGACCGCUACUGGGCCGUGAGCCGCGCGCUGGAGUACAACUCCAAGCGCACCCCGCGCCGCAUCAAAUGCAUCAUCCUCACCGUGUGGCUCAUCGCAGCCGUCAUCUCGCUGCCGCCCCUCAUCUACAAGGGCGACCCGGGUCCCCAGCCCCGAGGGCGCCCUCAGUGCAAGCUCAACCAAGAGGCCUGGUACAUCCUGGCCUCCAGCAUUGGAUCUUUCUUUGCACCCUGCCUUAUCAUGAUCCUUGUCUACCUGCGGAUCUAUCUGAUCGCCAAGCGCAGCCACUGCAGAGGUCCCAGGGCCAAGGGGCGCCCUGGGGAGGGUGGGUCCAAGCAGCCCCGCCCUGUCCCUGGGGAAGUUUCAGCCUCAGCCAGGUUGCCAACUCUGGUCUCCCAACUGGCUACUGCUGGAGAGGCCAAUGGAUGCUCCCAGCCCACUGGGGAGAAGGACGAGGGGGAGACCCCUGAAGACCCUGGGACCCCCGCCUUGCCACCCAGCUGGCCUGCCCGCCCCAGCUCAGGCCAGGGUCAGAAGGAAGGUGUUUGUGGGACAUCUCCAGAGGAGGAGGGGGCUGAAGAGGAGGAGGAGGGGUGUGAGCCGAAGGCCUCGUCAGCGUCUCCCGCCUCAGCUUGCAGCCCACCCCUGCAGCAACCACAGGGUUCCCGGCUGCUGGCGACCCUACGUGGCCAGGUGCUCCUGGCCAGGGGCAAGGGCACUGCGGGGGGGCAGUGGUGGCGGCGGCGGACACAGCUGACCCGGGAGAAGCGGUUCACGUUCGUGCUGGCCGUGGUCAUUGGCGUCUUCGUGCUCUGCUGGUUCCCCUUCUUCUUUAGCUACAGCCUGGGUGCCAUCUGCCCUCAGCACUGCAAGGUGCCCCAUGGCCUCUUCCAGUUCUUCUUCUGGAUCGGCUACUGCAACAGCUCGCUGAACCCUGUCAUCUACACCAUCUUCAACCAGGACUUUCGUCGUGCCUUCCGAAGGAUCCUUUGCCGCCAGUGGACCCAGACGGCCUGGUGA